UGAGGAGGACUCCAAGGGCAGCCAGGCUUCCCCAUGGCGUGUCCACUGGUGGCUGCCUCCACUACAGCAGUCAGGGCUGCUGGGAUAAAUGUAGUUAUGUGUCUUCCUCUUUCCUCAGUCCUGGGGUGGCUACGUACCCAUUUUACACAUUGUAAACCGAGGCUCAGAGUAGUGAAACCCUGUAGCUGGUCUCUGAUGUGUCCGGUGUCUGGGCCAUUCACAAAUGCUCCUUCCUGGGUGUUUGGACGACUCUAGUUAGCUGGUCAGUGUUGGGGCCUCACAUGUAGAGCGGUAGGACCUGCAGACACCAGAACACCUGAGUCCCCACCUGGUGCCGUCGCGCUCACUGGAGCCGUCAUUUCUACCUCCUCUGAGCCCAUUUGACCCUGGUGUCCCUCCGGUUGGAGACUCGCCCUGGAACCAUGGGUUCCCUGCUCUGUGACCGUGGAGUAGGCCUGCCCUCCUAGGGUCAGGUGGCUUGUCAUGGGGCGUGCCGCCCCUGGGUGACCAGGCGGCCUGGACAGGGUGGAGUGGAAGAGGUUGACCCACAUUAACGUCUGCCUUUGGUUGGCACGCAGGAGCCUGGGCGCAGCUGCUCUGAGGCCCUGGGGCAGGGGGCCUGAGUGGUGAGUUUUCUGGAGAAAGAUGGGGCACAGAACCAGAACCAGGGCAGUUCUGCCAAGGGGUCCCGGCCUUCAGCUGGCACUGGGGCACAAGCCCCAUGGGCCCGCACCGGUUUUCCUGGCUCUGUCUUCAAGGCCAGGAAGUGGGAGGAGGGUCUGCACUCAGAGGGCACCUGUCCAUUUGUGGGGAGCAGCGGGUUGUGGGGUGCCCCACUCGGAGAGUCUGGGUCUUCUCAGGGAGGAGAGCAGACUCAGUUUGGCAGGAAGUCACACAUACACCCAAGCACCCAGGCGUGCAGGAGGCUUAGGGGGAACUGGAACCGUCUGUGGUCUAGUCCGUGGCAGAGAAGUCUCGGGGGUGAUGUAGGAGGCCUCCUGGGGCCCCUGCCCUGCCCCCUCCUCCCCGGAUCUCCGGGGCUCUCAGACUGGGGUCCCUGCGUCAGCAGCAGCCUGACCCUGACCCACAAGCUCUUUAGAAACAGGAGUCUUCCGGCCCCCGCCCUCCAGGUGAGUGUGAUGUGCCAGACAGGAGGCCCGGAGCAGAGUGGAGCACCUGCAGUCUUGGGGCUCUGCACCGGGCAGGGGGCUGGUCUCCCCCCUGCUCCUGGGACAGCUGAGUGGGCCCGGCCAGCCCAACCAGCCUGGGCUAAGGGAGCAUUGCCGGGGGCUUCUCUGUGGAGACCACGGGUGGUGGUGGUGGUUUUUCAAGUCAACUUGUAUUCUGAGAGAAUUCCGGAUUCACAUGCAGCUGUGAGAAAUCACCCUUGUAUCCUUUUCCCGGCUCCCCUGGCGGUGACGUCUCACCAGACGACGGGCACGUCACACCGGGAUGCUCCGGGAAUACGGGCCAGAUGCACAUCUCUCCUUCCGCACCUUCUUCUGUUCACACCUGCUUCCCUCCUCCCCACCUGGCAGCUGGGCUCUGCUCCUCGCUUCUGUGAUUUCAUCAUUUCAGGAACGUUACAUAAAGGGAAUCAUACCGCGUGUAACCUUCGGGGACUGGCUUUUUCCACGGCUCGAUCCUCUGGGGAUUCCUGCUCGCUCUUCCUUUUCAUGCCCGCGGGCUGUGGACGCCCCACGGCUGGCUAACUUCACCCGAAGGGCGUCUGGGUGGCCGUUCUUGAGCUGCUAGGAGGAAGCUGGUGUAGACACGCGCAUAGUUUUCUGUGAACCUCAGCUUGCAUGUCUCGAAGAGGAGUGCGGUCGCCCGGUUGCCUGGUAGCUGUGUGCCGACUUUCACAAGACGCUGCCAGACUGUUUUCCAGAGUGGCCGCGCCAUUUUCCAGUCCUACCCGCCGUGGGUAGGAGAUCCAGUCCCCCCAGUCCCCCCAGCCCCAGCACUUGGUGGUGUCACUGUUGUAGCCACUCUGAUAGGUGCAUAGCGAUGCUUCCGUGUGGUGUUAGUUUGCACGUCCCCGGUGGCCAUGACGUCGGAUGUCUGUCUCUUCCUGAGCCGGCAUGCCGUCCGGACGACCUCGCUAAAAUGUCUCUUUGUGUCCUCUGCCCGUUUUCUAUCUGGGGUGUUUAUUUUUCUUUUGAGUUUUGAGAAUUUUUUAUAUAUCCUAGAUACUAGUCCUUCGCCAGAGAUGCGACUUGCGGGCAUACCUGUCGCUCUGCAUCAGCAGGGCCUUUCUGAGAUGACUCCCCCUCUCCCUUGUGAGGACUGCACUGGUGUCACAGCUAAGGGCUCUUUUCUUGGUUCCAGGUCCCGAAGAGUUUCUCCAAAGGUUUUGUCAUUUUCUGUUGUUCAUUUACAUCCGUGGCCCAUUUCAAGUUAAUUUUUGCACAAGAUGUGAAGUUUAGAACUUCUGGUUUCGCUUGUGGGAGCCCCGCGUUGCAAUGCUGGUUUCCUCCGGUACCUGGUCUGUGCCCUCUGUGGUCUGGUCCAUUGGUUGGCAGGUCCACCCAUCCAUAUCCACGGUGGCUGCAUCACCGUCCUGGAAUUGGACGGUAGGGACCGAGGACACCAGCCUGGCUGGGUGAUCCUGGCUUGCAGGCCUGUGUCUACCCAGAUUCCUGGGGCCACAGCCUUCUGGACCCACUGACUCCUGCAUUUUCUGGCCUCUGUUUCCAGAGUGGGACCUGGUCUGGGUGGCAGGGGAGAACAGCGUUCAGAGGGGGAGCAGAGCCAGGUAGGAGGCAGACCUGCCAACUGUUCUGCCCCAGCCCCGGCUCUGCUGCGGCUCCGGGACCCACUUACCUCAGUGCUCAGUGGCACGAAGGGCCGAAGGCAGAACCACCCGUGUCACAGUUCCCACUGUACCCCUUCCCUGCUCUGGGUCCCUGAUGAGGGUCCCCCCACACGCACCUCCAGGACUAUUUACAGACGACAUGGUAACAUUGAGGUCCCUGGUCAGCACUCAGGAAUCCAGACCAGCCGAGUCCCACGUAAACAGCUGUGAGGACUACUUCCUGCCACCCGCAGACCCGGCCUUUAGGCUGCCCGAGGCCAAUGAACCCCAUGCACCCCGUAAAACCCGCCCUGCCCCCCACACCGCACGGUGAUGGUCCAUUUGCUUAUGAGCCGGUGCCUUGGCAGCAGAGCGCCACUCAGCCAGCAGGGUCGCUGUCUGUCGUCACGACCGUGUGGGGCGUCGGCAACGCGGCACCGAGUCAGGUUUUGGGGAACCCCAUGGGCCCUGCAGGGAGCCCCCCCGGCAGCUCUGUAAUGCCUGGUGUGGCAGGUGGUGGCCCUGCCCUGAACUCCGCACAGUGCCUCGGACAGCAGGCGUUUGGCGAGGGUGCUGCCAACAAGGGCUUCGUGCAGCAAGGAGUGUAUGGCCGCGGGGGCUACCCAGGGGGCCCUGGCUUCACAGCUGGGUAUGCGGGCGGCCCGGGGGGGCCAGGGGGCCUGGGUCUGCCCUCACAUGCCACACGACCCUCCACCGAUUUUACUCAGGCGGCAGCAGCAGCUGCAGUGGCUGCUGCUGCGGCCACCGCCACGGCCACCGCCACGGCCACCGUGGCCGCCCUCCAGGAGAAGCAGAGCCAGGAGCUGAGCCAGUAUGGAGCGAUGGGGGCCGGGCAGGCUUUUAACAGCCAGUUCCUGCAGCAUGGAGGUCCCCGGGGGCCCAGCGUCCCUGGCAGCAUGAACCCCACCAGCGUGGGAGGGCUGCUGGGCCCCUCUGGCAUGAACCCCAUGGGCAUGAACCCCACCCGGGCAGCAGGCAUGGCACCCCUCUAUGCAGGGCAGCGCCUGCCCCAGCACGGGUACCCUGGGCCUCCCCAGGCCCAGCCACUGCCCCGACAGGGGGUCAAGAGAGCCUACUCCAGUGAGGUUUAUCCAGGACAGCAGUACCUGCCAGGAAGCCAGUACGGACCCAGUGCCACCCAGUACACGUCCGGUGCCGGGCCGCCCCCUGCCCCGUCCUCCUACCCUGGGCACCGGCUGCCCCUGCAGCAGGGUGUGGGCCAGUCCCUGUCCGCCUCUGGCCCAGCAGGACUGCACUACAAGCCCACAGAGCAGUUCAACGGGCAGGGUGCCAACUUCAACGGGGGAAGCGUCAGCUACAGCCAGCCCGGCCUGAGUGGGCCCACCCGUUCCAUCCCUGGCUACCCCAGCUCCCCACUGCCUGGGAGCCCCACGCCACCCAUGACCCCCGGCAGCAGCGUCCCCUACAUGUCCACCAGCCAGGAGGUCAAAUCGCCCUUCCUGCCGGACCUCAAGCCCAGCGUGAGCUCCUUGCACCCAUCACCCCCCAGCAGCGGCCCGGGUGACGAGCUGCGGCUGACCUUCCCGGUGCGGGACGGGGUAGUGCUGGAGCCCUUCCGCCUGCAGCACAACCUGGCUGUGAGCAACCACGCGUUCCAGCUCCGGGACUCUGUCUACAAGACCUUGAUGCUGAGGCCAGACCUGGAGCUGCAGUUCAAGUGCUAUCACCAUGAGGACCGGCAGACCAACACCAACUGGCCAGCGUCGGUGCAGGUCAGCGUCAACGCCACCCCGCUCACCAUCGAGCGCGGCGACAACAAGACUUCCCACAAGCCGCUGUACCUGAAGCACGUGUGCCAGCCGGGCCGCAACACCAUCCAGAUCACGGUCACAGCCUGCUGCUGCUCCCACCUGUUCGUGCUGCAGCUGGUGCACCGGCCGUCCGUCCGCUCGGUGCUGCAGGGCCUCCUCAGGAAGCGCCUCCUGCCCGCGGAGCACUGUAUCACCAAGAUAAAACGCAACUUCAGCAGCGGCACCGUCCCUGGCACCCCUGGGCCCAACGGUGAGGACGGGGUGGAGCAGACAGCCAUCAAGGUGUCCCUCAGGUGCCCCAUCACAUUCCGCAGGAUCCAGCUCCCCGCCCGAGGCCAUGACUGUCGCCACAUACAGUGUUUCGACCUGGAGUCCUACCUGCAGCUCAACUGUGAGCGGGGGACCUGGCGGUGCCCUGUGUGCAACAAGACAGCGCUGCUGGAGGGCCUGCAGGUGGACCAGUAUGUGCUGGGCGUCCUCGUUCACAUUCAGAAUUCUGACUACGAGGAGAUCACCAUCGACCCCACGUGCAGCUGGAAGCCGGUGCCCGUAAAGCCCGACGUUCACGUCAAGGAAGAGCCGGACGGGCCAGUGCUGAAGCGCUGUCGCACCGUGAGCCCCGCACACAUGCUCAUGCCCAGCGUGAUGGAGAUGAUAGCAGCCCUGGGCCCCGCUGCCGCCCCCUUCGCCCCCCUGCAGCCCCCCUCGGCCCCGGCCCCAGCCCCUGGUGACUACCCCGGCCAGGGUUCCAGCUUCCUGGGACCCGGGACCUUCCCUGAGUCCUUCCCGCCUGCCACGCCCAGCACCCCGGCCCUUCCUGAGUUCACUCCGGGGCCACCCCCCAGCUCCUACCAGUCCGACAUUCCUAGCAGCCUCCUGACACCUGAGAAGUCUGUUCCCUGCCUCCCAGGCCAGAUGCCGCCAGCAGGUCACCUGGACCCUGCCCACAACCCAGGGGCUCCAGGGCUGCUCGCCCCCAGCCUUGGAGGGGCCCCAGGGCCCCAGCUGCACCAUCCAAACCCUCCCCCAGCAUCCCGGCAGCCCCUGGGCCCAGUGAGCUCAGGCCCCAUCGGCGAGUUGGCCUUCAGCACUGCCACAGGCGUGAUGGGGCCCCCCAUGUCUGGGGCGGGGGAGGCCCCGGAACCAGCCCUGGACGUGAGUACAGGCCCCAUGCCAGGGAGCGCAUGGGAGCUGGGGCUGGGGACGGUGUGUCCGUCGUCCCCAGGGUCCACAUGCUUCAUAGAAGGGAGGACACUGACGCCCUAGUGACCUCGAAGCCAGGACAGCUGGUCAGAUAGCAUCAGCUCUUUUGAUGAUGAGUGUCAGGUACCUGAGUAGCCGCGGGAUGACUCUGUCCAGGCAGUUGGCUACAGGAACCUGUGUAGAGUCCCCAAGAAGAUUGGGCUUGCAGAGGACCACACUGGCCUCGGUGUGGUUUGAGCUGACCCACAGGUGUCGCGUGAGCCAAAAUCAGUGCGUGCACUGCAGGUAACGGUCUUUCUCUCUAAUAAACCGAACACCCUGAAGUUCAGCGGGAGAAAAUUAGAGCAGCUCAAAGCAGAAUAUCCCAGACACUGGAAACCCCACUUCUUGCAUUUGCUCUGUUCACAUCGGGGUCCCCACAUGGCCCCAUGCAUGCCCCCUGGGGCAGAUGCUCUGUGUCCCAGGUUGUCCUUGAACAACUUGUAUGGAGUGAUUCCUGGUCAAAGAGCAGCCUUCGGCAGGGAGAGGCCCGUGCAGGCUGAGGGGCUCAGGCACAGGGUCCCCUGCAGGGGUGUGGUGGGCCUGAGGCCAAAGCUGCUGAUGGCUUUGCUUUGUCCCCAGCUGCUCCCAGAACUGACCAACCCCGAAGAACUGCUGUCCUACCUUGGCCCACCUGACCUCCCCACAAACAGCAAUGACGACCUUCUCUCUCUCUUCGAGAACAACUGAUCCUGUCGCCCCCGCCCAGCUGGCGGGGACACACCCACAGAUGCCACCACACCCUGCCCCAGCCACCUGCCCACCACCUGCCUCGGACCGUGGAGGCAGCUGCACUGGGUGGGAGGGGACCUCAGACACCCCGCCCCCGCCCAGCUCAGCCCCACCCCAUCCACCACCUGCUGCCCCCAACCCCAGCUGGGCCCCAUCCAUACACACCUGUGUCCCCAACCUCGCCCCCGGACCCAACCCCGCCUGCUCCCACCAGCCUGCAUCUUGUCCAGCGUUUACCCUUCUGUUGCAGUGACCCUGUGGCUCCCUGGCGAGGAGCAGGGCGCCCCUGUCCUGAGCCUGAGCUUGCAGUGGGAGCGGGUCCGUCUUCCCACCCGAAGCCUCAGGCCAGGGCCAUGGGGUAGGAGGUCCAAAGCACAACAAUGUACAUAGUGUAGAAACACUAAGAGCUCUGGGCAAGCAGCUGGGGACCCCGCGGGCUCCUGCCCCUCCUGGGUGCAGACAGCGGGGCAGAUGGCUGUGAGCUUCGGUCUCCUGGGGGUGGGUGCCCAGACCCAGCUCUGUGUACAGACUCCAGCGGGCUUCCCGAGUACCCCUUUUCCGUGAACAUGAAGAAUUGGUCCCGCUGUGUUUUUUAAAACUGCCUCUCCCAUGUCCACCCCAGGGCCAGGCCGGGUGGGGGAGGGGGGGGCCAGUCGUGUCCCCUGUCUGCCAGUCUCUAUUAAAGGACUCCCUCAAGGUGGGCCUGGCCAGUCCCUCCUUUGUGCCCUGCCCGUGUUCCUCAUGUGGGCAGGGCUCCAUUCCAAGCCAAGACCCGGCUGUUCCUGCCUCACGGUAAAUUUCCUGGUCUCUGGAAUUUUCCAAGUUGGCCUCAGCUGGAGAACUAUUUUGUGAGGUGUCACCAGGGCCAGGAGACACAUCUUCCACCAUGUCACUGUGCGUGGACGUGCCUGGGGUAGGGAGCCAGGGGCCUCGGGAGGGGCCUUAGACACCAGCCCCAGGCGGCUCAUGGAGGGUGGUCCUGGGCUCCCAGGUCCUGCAGGCCCCUCCGUCUGCCAGCUGCUUGGGUGGCCCUUUCCUCCUGGCCCCGAAGGUCUUCCUGUACAGCAGGUCUGAACCCUGUGGUGUGGUGCUGAAAGCUCAGGUGGAAGGUGUCCCAGCCCCAGGUGGCUUUAGCCGUUGACAUCUCGGGACCCCGGGUGUGAGCCUUAGUGUCUGCCUGCAGCCUGUUCCUUGCUGAGGGAAUGGGAAGUGCCACCCAGCAUGGCAGGGGACGAGGGGCCCGUCCAGAGUGCUGUCCCCCUGGGGGGGGGGGGCAGAGCAGGGUGCCAUGCGGGGUGUGGUCUCGCUGGACAUCCGUGCACCGUCAGCGUGUUCUGGGUGCUUCUAGGUGGAACGGAGAACUCUAGACCUGAGCUGAGGCAGUCCUCCCAAGGGAUGGGCGGGGCCACAUGGGGACUCCCCUCGAACAACGUGGGGUGACAGCAAAGUGCGAUCAUUCACAUAGGACGUGCCAUUUUAGUAAAGCACAACACCAAAUCUA